AUGAAUGGGUUCUGGUGGCGUGGAAAAGGUGGUGACACUGGGGGAAUAAGAUGGAUGUCAUGGAAAGGGCUAUGUAAACGAAAAGAAGAUGGGGGAUUGGGAUUUCGAGAGGUGCAAAAUUUUAAUUUGGCUAUGCUAGCAAAAACAACAUGGAGUUUGUUGACACGACCGGAGGCACUAGUGAGCCGAAUAUAUAAAGCUCGAUACUUCCCUAUAGGAGAUUUGCUUUCAGCAACAGUGGGAAAUAACCCCAGUUAUGUUUGUGGCUCAUUAUGCGCGGGGUUACAGGUUUUAGAAGGGGGAUGUGUUAGGUGUAUUGGAGAUGGACGUACAACAAAAAUAUUCCAUACUCCAUGGCUACCAUCCGAGCAAUUGCAAGUUAUUCAGAGUGUGUGCAAUAAUGGGAUGGAGGAGAUGGUCGUGUCAGAAUUAAUAUAUGAGGAGACUCGAACAUGGAGCGAAGUGAAGCUGGAGACAGUGUUUAAUGCACAGGAGAUUGAACUAAUACAAAAAAUACCACUAAGCUCGACCUUAGAGCAGGAUAAAUGGAUGUGGUUGUUCGAUCCAAAGGGCAUGUAUACAGUCCGUGGAGGUUACAUGAGACUUUAUGAUCAAGUCAGACAUGAAAUUGAGCACCCCAAAACCGUCGAGCACUGCCUCCUUAAUUGCACCAUGGCUAAGACAUGCUGGUUGCAAUCUCACGUGGGAUGGAGAGAAAUAAUUUUGAAUAUGGAGCAGUGGUUUAACAAGCUUAAUCAUACAUUGAACAAGAAGGAGAUUGAAGGAGCAAUCAUGAUAUGCUGGGAGAUUUGGAACUAUAGAAAUGGUGUAAUCUGGAACCAAAGAACGAAUAACGAGGAGAAUCGAAAGUGGAAACCCCCAAAUGGUUUAGCCCUCAAGUGCAAUAUUGACGCAUCCUUCAACCUUGCAACUGGUGAAGUUGGAGCAGGGAUAGUUGUUCGGGAUAGGCACGGUGUUCAUCGUGUUCGCGUGAAACCUGAUGCGUUUGUGAAGGGCACUACCCAGAUGGCUUACGCAAUCGCGAGUUACUCAACGCGUUCAUGUAGGCUUAGCACCCUAGCCUUCGCGAUCCUGGUCACACGUUCGCGUAGAAACAAAAUCCUCCCCAGCCCAGUUUACUCUUCGCGAUCGCGAGAGUACCUUCGUGAUUACGAAGAAGAAAACACCAGAAACCAGCAGAAGUCCAAAAACUAG